AUGAACGCACCGCAGCCUCCUCCCCCACAAGCAAAUCCUCACUUUCCACUAGAGCCAAUUCCAGCAUCGGUUUUGGCUAGAAAAGAAGCCAACAGGCGCGAUGCUGUCGCACUCUUGGGUUUCUGUAAGACAGGAUGUGCAGUUGUAGAUGAGAAUGUUUUGCUGGGUGGCUUUGACCGUGCAAGUAUUGUGGGCGUCAGCGCCGAGGACGAAGAGUUGGGCGUUCAGCUCGGCUUCCAGACACUGGCGCAUUCUCUAUGUGAGGGGACGGUCACGAAUGGACUGCUCAUCACGCCCAAGCCGGCCAGCGUAAUGCUGACUGGCUUGAGGGAUGCGAUCAAGGCAGAGCUUCAGAAGCGAGGGCAUACUGCAGAUAUCAAGACAAGAUUGAGGGAAUGUCUGGACAAAGUGAUGCUGUCUCGUGUAUUUGACCUGGAUGGUCUAUGGGAAGUCUUGCAAGAUCUGGAUGGAAGCCUGCAAGUUGAAAAAGAAGGCGCGGUUUUGCCACGCCAAGAAAAGGAGACACAGAAGCAAGAUGCAACAGAGGCACAGGCCGAAGAGAUUCAGGACAGUCAGGACGACGACGAUGAGGCUUUCUCGCCCUUACGGCAGGCUUCACAACCUCCACUUCAAGAUGAGAAAUCGCCUGGCAAAACAACACCACACCCAGAGUUCAUCGUGAUGACGAAUUUCUCUUCGCUUCUCACGAGCCUUUUUGCUCAUCGAGAAAAAUCAGCCGCCCGUACUGCUCUUCAACUUUUGGGUUCUCACCUACGCGACCUCUCACGCAAUCUUCCAUCUAACCCGUUGAUUCUUCUGCUCAACUCCACAUCAUCGAGUUUCUCAGGCCCAGCGUCUACCACAACUUCAACCUCUCCUGCGAAACAAGCCUUUGUCGAUCCAACGCUGCGAUCCAUCUUCAACCCACCCUCAGCUAUAGGUUACAGUAGUCGACGAACUAAGCCCAACUUCGGUCUUUCUUUCACUCAGCUAUUGGAUUUGCACAUUUUGUGCACCAGGAUCCCCAAAACGAAGAAAGAUGCCGAGUUGGCAGUCCAGCCGCGUUCUGGGGAAGAGGCCAAGAUGGUAUGGGUCGUGGAGGUGCUGUUGGACGAGAUGGGUGUUUGGGAAGUUCUGGCCUCCCAACUUCAACAUUUGGCGAUACCCAAGAAGCACAUUUGA